CCUUCCGUUAGCUCGCUCUCAGCUCCUCCCUGCCGCCUAUAUAUGUACCUGCGGCAUGCACUUGCUCCUCCACCGCCUCUCCGGCCCCAAACCACACCAACACCCAAACGCGUCAGCUAGCUAACCGGGCCGUCGUCGUCGACCGGCCAGUCUCCCCGGCCGGCCCCGGCAUCCCCCGUUAUCUCGCCCCAGCUCCGUACGUCCGCACGCCGGACUCUUCCACCGCGCCCACCUCACACCUCCAUCACCUGGAGCAUCGGGGAUCGUCCAAUUAAUCAUCCCGGCAUCUCUUCUCCCGUCGGAGGGAAUGGGCGUGGGCGUGAUGGAGGGGAUGAAGCCGGUGGCAGCGAUGGUGGUGGUGCAGUUCGUGUUCGCCGGCGUCAACAUCUUCUACAAGCUGGCCGUGAGCGACGGCAUGGACAUGCGGGUCCUCGUCGCCUACCGCUUCCUCUUCGCCUCCGCCGUCCUCUCGCCCAUCGCAUACUUCGUCGAGAGGAAGAAGCGAACCAAGGUGACGUGGCGAGUCCUGCUGCUCUCCUUCGUCUGCGGGCUCUGUGGGGGCUCGCUGGCCCAGAACCUCUACAUCUCCGGCAUGAAGCUCACCUCCGCCACCUUCGCCUCCGCCAUGACCAACCUCAUCCCGGCCAUCACCUUCGUGCUCGCCGUGCUCUUCCGCUACGAGCGCCUCGCCAUCCGCACUCUCGCCGGCCUGGCCAAGGUCACUGGCACGCUGCUCGGCGUCGGCGGCGCCAUGCUGCUCACCUUCUACAAGGGCGCCCAGGUCACCCCCUGGCCACCCACCCACAUCAACCUCGCAGCCCAGCUCGCCGCCCGGCACCAACACGAGGAACAUGCCUCCUCCUCCCUUCACCCGGACAGCGGCAACCGCGCCAUGGGCUGCCUGCUCUGCACCGGCAGCUGCUUCUUCUACGCGCUCUGGCUCAUCCUGCAGGCCCGGCUCAGCCGGGAGUACCCCUUCCACUACUCCACCACGGCGCUCAUGUGUGGCAUGAGCGCGCUCCAGUCCGCCGCCUUUGCGCUCUGCUUCGACCGGGACCUCAUCCAGUGGCGCCUCUCCUCCGGUGUCCGCCUACUCGCCGUCCUCUACACCGGUGUGGUCGCCUCGGGGGUCAUGCUCGUGGUGCUCUCCUGGUGCGUCAAGCGCCGGGGCCCCCUCUUCGCGUCCGUCUUCAACCCCAUGAUGCUGGUGGUGGUGGCCGUGUUGAGCUCGCUCCUGCUCGGCGAGGAGCUGCACCUCGGCAGCGUGCUCGGCGCCGUGCUCAUCGUGCUGGGCCUCUACUCCGUGCUCUGGGGAAAAGGCCGCGAGGCCGUGGAGCACGAGCCGGCCAAGGCCCGCGCCGCUGGCACCGAGCUGCCGCACAUCGACAUCGUCGUGCAUCGCCAUGAUCCUCCUCCGACGCCGCAGCAGCAGAGCACGGAGCCGGGGCCGGCGCGGUAAAAAUCGGAGCAGGCAUGCAGGAAGAGGACCAGCGAUCGAAGAGAUGAACUGGCCCAAGAUUUGUUACUGUUUCAUUUGUCAGGAAAGGAUGGACAGAGACUGUACCGGUGGAACUUGUCGCAAAUGGGAGAGUCAGUAGUA